AUUUCGUUGACAAUGUUAUGUUUUUUAGUUUUGAAAAAAUGUUUUCCAAAAGGUUUCCUUUGAUGGACUGGGUAGACCGGAAGGGAAGAGCUUACCCUGAUCUGAUCUGAUCUACCCGCCAACAACAACUAACCAAAGUAACUGAUUUUUGUAGGAAAACGACCGACCCCAUCUGGCUUUGGAUCGCCAAAUCAACGGUUCGAUCACACUUGUACCUUUAGACCUCCCAUUGAUACUCGUUUCAUUUCUCUCUCUCUCUCUCUGAAAUUAUAAUAAAGUUCUCAUAUUCUCUCUCUGGCUUCCAAAAAGCAGAGGUCGUAAAACGUGCAUUCCUCUCUCUCUCCUCCUUAUUUACUGAACACGCCGUUCUUUGCGGUGGCUGUGGUGACGGUGACGGUGGUGGCGGUUUCGGUGGCCGAGCGGUGUUUUGUUGAUCAUAUUCGUAAAUGGCGUAUAGAAGGAGACAAGGAAUCAGCAGGGCUUCUACGUUCAAGGAAGAGAUUUAUACCCCGCCCGAUCUCGGCAGCUCUUCCUCCUCUUCUUCUACGCCGUCGUCGUCUCUGGCCGCUCAGGCCAUCAGAGCCUCCGCCGCUCAUCGUGAUUCCUCUCUCUCCUCCGCUUAUGGCGACUCUGCUUUUCACUCCUCUUUCAAUGACAGAUCCAAGGACUCUUCUACCUAUGAUUAUACAUCGAUGAAAAGCUUGAAUGAACCCAAGGGGUUUUGGGGUGUUCUAGCUAAGAAAGCUAAAGAAAUUCUUGAGGAUGAAGACGCGCCCCAACAAUUUGAAACGCCUAGCAGAAUGAGGCCAGAAAUGCUCAAUACCUCCACACGUCAGUCACCUGAGGGCUCUAGAAAAAUGGACAAUCCAAGGCUACGGAAGGGCUUGGAUGCACUCACCUCGUCCCUUAAUCACAUUGGUGACACCAUUGGAAAUGCCUUGGAGGAAGGACGUACCAUUGUGGAAAAUCGAACUGCAGAUAUUAUCCAAGAAACCCGCAAGUUGCAAAUUAGAAGGAAAGGAAGUAUCUUUGAGGAACAGAAUCAGGUCCCAGGUGUACAUAACCAAUGGCACCAACCUUCAGUUCAACCCAGACAACCGCAGAUGCAAACCAACCAAGAAACUCAACUCAAGGCAUCCCGAGACGUGGCAAUGGCGACAGCUGCCAAGGCAAAACUUCUUCUCCGGGAGCUGAAAACUGUCAAAGCAGAUCUGGCUUUCGCAAAGGAAAGAUGUUCUCAGCUAGAAGAAGAAAAUAAAAUCCUUCGAGAAGCUCGUGAAAAAGGUGUCAACCCUGAAGAUGAUGACAUGAUACGCCUUCAACUUGAGACACUUUUGGCCGAGAAGGCUCGUUUGGCCCAUGAAAACUCCGUUUAUGCACGUGAGAACCGGUUCUUGAGGGAGAUUGUUGAAUACCACCAACUCACCAUGCAGGAUGUUGUGUAUUUGGACGAAGGCAUAGAGGAGGUUACAGAAGUUUACCCCAUCCCUGCAGUCUCCAGGAUGCUCUCUGUUACCCCACCCUCCCCUACAUCUCCACGCUCACCUCCUGAGGUUUCCCCAUCUAGAAGCCCACCAGUGAAAAAUGAAACCUUUCCUCUCCCAGUCCCACUACAAGCAACUGAGGUUUCCCCAUCUAGAAGCACUCCAGUGACAAAUGAAACCUUUCCUCUCCCUGUCCCGCUACAAGUAGGAACUGAGGUUUCCCCAUCUAGAAAUAGAAGCACGUCAGUGACAAAUGAAACCUUUCCUCUGCCCGUCCCACUACAAGCAACAACUGGUGUUUCCCCAUCUAGAACUAGAAGCCCACCAGUGACAAGUGAAACCUUUCCUCCCCCUGUCUCACCACAACCGAUAGCUGAUGUUCCAAACAUUGAGGCCUCAACAAAUUCCAGUACUCCAAUUUCCUCAGCAGAAGAUUCAACAAGACAUACAAAUGAUCCAGCCCAUUGACAUUUCCCUGUACGUUCUCUUGAUUUAAUAUUUUUGUAACAUUAGUCCCUUUUUCUCCCUUGUAGACUUAUUUUGGUGGAGGGAAGCAAAAAGAAGGGGAGUGAGGGUUGGAAAUUUUAUUAAAUUUUUUUUUUUUUUUUUUGGGAAAUUGGUUAAAAAAUCUUUUCAUAGGCUAUAUUAAUUAUUUUUUCUGUAAGUAAUCGGGCGUUUGUGUUGGCAUUUUGGAUUUCUUGUUAUAUAAUGACAGAAAACCUUUGCUGUUUUUUCAAGGAAUUUUUUUUAUUUAAUCAAUCAUUAUUUUUUUGUCCCUCUUA